AUGUCGGUCGAGGACAUGAUGCCCAUGGAGAUGGACCUGUCGCAGUUCGACGACGGGUCCAGCUCGACCCCGCAGGCCAACUACUCGCCCUUUGGCGGCCAGCAGCUGCAGCAGGCGCUCAACCAGGACAGCAGCAUGACGGGCGCGGGUGCCGGCCCGCUACCCACGGGCUUUGGCGCCCCCAGCCUGAACCCGUCGGGCAGCACGCUGACCGAGUUCACCAAGCGGCGCAACUGGUCGCAGCGCGUGCUCGAGGAGCUGCGUGACCUGCUGCACAUCCUGACCCCCGACGGCCGCAUCCUGUAUGCGUCGCCGUCCUCCAAGGCGCUGACGGGCUGGGAGCCGCAGCAGCUCGUCGGCCGCUUCGUCGGCGAGUUUAUCCACCCCGACGACAGCGGCAUCUUCGUCAAAGAGUUCAACGAGUCCAUCGCCUCGGGCAACCCGCUGCGCUUCUUCUACCGCUUCCGCAAGACGGACGAGACAUGGGCCAUCUUCGAGGCCCACGGCCACCCCCACCUAAGCAACGACCCGAGCACCUUUGCGCCGCCCAACACGAUGAACUGCCGCGGCUUCUUCAUGAUGGCCCGUCCCUACCCGACCAAGAACGCUGCGCUGCUCGACUCGUUCCUCGAGCACAAGAUCGAGAACGAGCGUCUCAUGAAGCGCAUCGCCGAGCUCAAGCGCGAGGAGCAGGAGGAGACGGACGCGCAGGAGCAGCACUGGCAGAAAAAGGCCGAUGGCGUUUCAUCUGUAACACCCUCCGAGACAGUGGGCCAAACCGAAAGCGUGAGCGCGAGCGCAAUCGCAGCAUACCAGGCCAUGCCUCCGCCCGCGAAGCCGGGCGUCUCGAACACGGCCCUCACGCGCCAGAAUUUGGACGAGGCCUUGGCCGCAAGCAAGCCCGAUAGCAUCAACGACAAGAUGGCUCGCUAUGAGGGUGCCACCCAUCUGGAGACAAUCGAGAUGCUGACUGGUCUGCGCUACCGGGACGGGGAACGAUCACAGGGCAUCAGUACCGGCGAGCACAGCCCGAUGCUCAUUAGAGGCGACGCCGGCAUCCAAAUUUCGCUGGACCGCGACGGCAGGGCAUCGUCGGACAAGAAGAAGAAGCUGAAGAUCGCGGACGAGUAUGUGUGCACCGACUGCGGCACCCUAGACUCGCCAGAAUGGAGGAAGGGUCCCAACGGACCAAAGACGCUGUGCAAUGCCUGCGGAUUGCGUUGGGCUAAGAAGGAAAAGAAGAGGCAAAGCCAGUCCGGCAACGGCCAGUCAUCUCACACGCCAGCCCUACCCAUGCACUCGAGCACAAAUAGCAGUUGA